AUGGUCAAAGGUGGUAAAGUUUCAUCAUUAUCAACUGCUGCUGGUAAGACACCGGCACCUAAUACAGCGAAUAAAGGAGGCAAACCUCGACAACAAGAUGAAAAAGCAAUUGAUGAAACUUUCGAACCGUUAAAACUCGAUGUCAAAGGAGCUCAAACAGCUGUUGUAUGUUUACGAAGUACAGAAGAUAAUGUAUUAAUACGUGCAUGUGAUUCAUUAUUUAAAUUUGCUGAUAAAAGUGAUGGAAAUAAAUUAAUGUUACAUGAAAUGGGUGCAACAGAUACUUUAUUUACAUUAACUCAUCAUGAAAAUCCAACUGUACAACGAAAUGCAACAAUGGUCUUUGGAAUACUGGCUGCUCAUCCGGAUAUUCGACGACAUCUUCGUAAAAUCGAUUGUAUUCCACAUAUGAUUUCUCUUUUAUCAUCUGAACAUGAACAAUUAACAAAUGAAUUUGCUGUUUAUUGGCUUCGUUAUAUGUGUAGUGAUUAUUCAACAAAAUCACAAGUUCUUUCAUUAAAUGUUCUUCAACCAUUAAUAAGAUUAAUUAAUGAAACUGAUCCUGAUAUUAAAUUUAAUUCUUUAUCAACAAUUGAUCGUAUACUUGAUGAUAUUCAUGCACGAAGUCUUGUACGAGAAUUAAAUGGUAUUGAACCAAUAUUAAAUAAUCUUAAAUCAGAAUAUCCACAAAUAACUGAAACUGUUUGUAAUUGUAUACAAAAAUUAGCUACAGAUCCAUUUAAUCGUGCUGUUAUAAGAGAUAUUGGUGGACUUGAUCGAAUGAUUGAUUUUAUUGGAUUAGAUGAAACAAAAGAUGUUCAUGUUCAUUGUUUAAAUGCAUUAGCAAAUCUUUUAGAAGAUACUGAAUGUCUUGAUCUUAUUCAAUCAAAUGGUGGACUUAAACGAUUAAUGCAAUUUGUACAAGAUAGUGUUGUACCAGCUGUACAAGCAGCUGCAGCAAAAGCUAUUGCACGUGCAGCUAGAAAACCACAAAAUCGAAAAAUUUUCGCAGAACAAGAUGCUGAACGUGCUAUGGUAUUUUUAUUACUUAGUGAAAAUGAUGAAGUACGUGUAGCAUCAUGUCAAGCAUUAGCAGUUAUGGCUGAAAGCAUGUUAAGUCGAGAAACUAUUCGAAAUAAUGAUGGUAUUCUAACACUUGUACAAAUGAUGCAAAAAGAUAAUCCACGUUUACGUGAAUUUUCUACAUUGGCUAUGUCGAAUUUAACACAAAGUAAUCCAAAUAAUAUCAGGGAAUUACAAGAUCAAGGAGGCAUUGAAGUAUUAAUUCGUUUAUUGAAUGAUGAGAAAGAUACAACAAAAGCAUAUGCAUGUGCAACAUUGGCUAAUUGUUCAACUGAUCAAGUUGUGCGCACAAAUACUUUGGAAAAAGGUCUUAUAAAAAGUCUUCUUGUACCAUUACAAGCAAGCUAUGAACUAGCACAAGCAAAAGCAGCUAUGGUUUUAUCAGCUUAUGGUAUUGAUCAAAAAGCUCGAGAAGAUAUAAAAAAUAAUCAACCAAUUAUUCCACUUCUUGUUAGCUUAUUAAGAUCAAAUCAUGAUGAAGUUCGUCGUAAUGCUUGUUUUGCUAUUAGUGUUCUUUGUGUAGAACAAGCUAUAGCAAUUGAAAUUCUUCGAAAUGGAGCACUUGAAAUAGUACGUGAUUUGAAUACAUCUGAAUCGCGUAAGAGUAAAUUUACUGAAAUGGCUUUACAAAGAAUUCUUGAUAGUCAUUUAUCAGCAAAAUAUUCAUAUCUUGGACGAUUAGAAAGUAAUAAUAUAACAACAGAUGGAUUUUAUGAUAUGGGACCUGUUCGAGAUGGUGGAAAAUUUUUAACUAUUGAAGAACUAGCUGCUGAAGAAGUGAAUGAUCGUCGACCAAUUUUACUUGUAUAUGCACCUGAAAAAAAUAUUACUCAAUGGACUACUACAGGAGGAUCUUAUGAAGAUGAUAUUUCUCGAGUGCCAUUUUCUUCUGAUGAUAAUCUUUCUACAUCAGCAAUGCCGGUGAAAGGUUCGGAAAGCAAAGAAAAAAUAGGUACUCCUACUACUACACGUACUGCAAAAACACCAAAAGCAUCGAGCAAAGAGAGAGAUGGAAAAACUCGUACAAAAAAAGAUAAAACAAAUGAAAAACGAGAUUUAUCGGAAGAUAAAAAACACAGUGAAAAGGAUGUAUCUGGAACAAAUAAUUCUGAUUCGAAAUCAGGUUAUAAACUAACCACAGAUCAAGAUUUUCAAAUGUAUCUUGAUGAAAUUCAACCACAAGUUACAAAAGUACCAUUAUCAGAACAAAUAUCAACUUUAGCAAGAUUUGUAAGUGAAAAAAUGGGUGGUACAAUUUCACCUGAUGAUGUAGCUACAUUUGGAUAUGAAGUAGCAAUGAAUCAAUUAAAAACUGAACUUCAUUCAAAUGUUAUACCAAUUGGUCGAAUACGAAAAGGUAUUCAUGCUCAACGAGCGUUUUUAUUCAAAACAUUAGCUGAUCGACUUGGAAUACCGUGUACAUUAACACGAGGCAAUUAUAAUCGUGCUUGGAAUGAAGUUAUUCUUGGUCAAUCAUCUGGGGCCGUUCGAUAUCCAGCUAAAACAUGGAUUGUCGAUUUACUUCAUGAACCAGGUCGACUACUUCUUGCUAAUUCUUCUGAUGCUCGAAUUUACACAAUACUCUCUUAA